AAAAUCAUAACCACCAGUGGACCAAAAUCGCAGUCGUAAACAGGAAUUCAAAAAGCAGAAGAAAUUCAAUUCCCAAAAAAAAAAAACCAUGCCUCUUCUUUGCAACCAUUGUCUUUCUCUGCAAUCGAUUCCAAGAAAACCUAACAAGUUCUCAUCGACUAACUCUAUAAUCACCAACACUGCGUCUCCCGGCGAGAGAAUCAGUACUCGGCGAAGAACCAUGUCAGCCUCUGAAACCCGAAUCUCACUUAUUUUCGCCCUUGCUUCUCAAGCUAACUCUCUCUCCCAGAGACGUAAAUUUUUAGCGGACGUGGCUACUGAGACUGCAAAAUACAUUUUCCCGAAAAGAUUUGAAAGCCGCACUCUCGAGGAGGCGUUGAUGACUGUUCCGGACCUUGAGACUUUCAAGUUCAAAGUUCUGAGUAGAAGUGACCAGUAUGAGAUCAGGGAAGUUGAGCCUUACUUUGCAGCAGAGACUUCAAUGCCUGGGAAGAGUGGGUUUGAUUUCAACGGUGCUUCUCAGUCUUUUAAUGUCCUGGCUGAGUACCUUUUUGGUAAGAAUGCAAUGAAGGAGAACAUGGAGAUGACUACACCUGUUUUUACAAGUAAGAAUCAAUCUGAUGGGGUUAAAAUGGAUAUGACAACUCCUGUGUUAACAACAAAGAUGGAAGAUCUAGAUAAGUGGAAAAUGUCUUUUGUCAUGCCCUCAAAGUAUGGUGCUAACUUGCCACUGCCUAAAGAUUCCUCUGUGAGGAUUAAAGAGAUUCCCAGAAAAAUAGUUGCUGUAGUUUCCUUUUCAGGUUUUGUGAAUGAUGAUGAAGUUAAGCAGCGCGAACUGAAACUACGAGAAGCUUUGAAAAGUGACGGACAGUUUAAAAUUAAAGAGGGAACUUCAAUAGAAAUUGCACAGUAUAAUCCACCAUUUACUCUUCCAUUUCAACGCCGUAAUGAGAUUGCAUUGGAGGUGGAAUGGAAAAAUGAAUAGGAACAAUAUUAGCCAAUUUACAAUCUUGAGGUACUUGUGAAUUUUCCUCAGUCAUUGUAAGCUGUAAAAGUAAACCUUUUCAAUAUCACGAAUCAGACUCCAAUACAAGAUCUUUUGUACUCAAUAUUGAUGCUUGUCUUUUUUGUAAAUAGUUCUUGUACUCAUAUUGAUGCUUAUCUUUUUUCAAAAAUGUAAUGAGAUUGGCAGUUUUACAAUCAA